UACAUUCAUGUAUCAGCAGAUACUUUCUCAGGUGCAGUUUACGCCUCUGCACACACAGGAGAGAAGGCACAGGAUGUCAUUAAACACCUCAUCCAGGCAUUCUCCUUUAUGGGUAUCCCCAAAGGUCUCAAAACUGACAAUGGCCCAGCGUACAAGUCAGGUGAGUUCUGCAGCUUCCUGCAGCAAUGGGGAGUGGAGCACAAAACAGGCAUCUCACACUCCCCCACAGGCCAAGCAAUUGUGGAACGGACCCAUCGGGAAAUCAAAAGAGUCCUUGCACAACAACAGCAGGUACUGAAGGUGGAGCCUCCCUCUAUCCAUUUAACCAGGGCACUGUACACGAUCAAUUUUCUUAACUGCAGUUUUGAGGUGUUUAACCCACCAGUCGUGAGACACUUCAGAUCAAGUUCUGAUUUCCAACAAAAAGAAAAGCCACCAGUCCUGCUCAGGUCUCCUGAGAGCGGACAGGUAGAAGGCCCAUAUGACCUGGUGACCUGGGGACGAGGGUAUGCCUGUGUCUCCAUGCCCACUGGGCUCAGAUGGGUCCCUGCAAAAUGGGUGAAGCCCUUUAGGAAAAAGCAGGGGGAGAGAAGGGAAAAUGUACCGCAAGUCGCUUCUGCGGCACUGCGCCUCAAAAGGCAAAAUUGCACCUGGCUGACCCUCGCCAUUCUCUGGGAAUGGGAGGACCCCUCACCUUUUUCUUAUUUUCAACCGUCCUGCUAAUUAUUAUGCAUUUUAAAGUCUGUUUUUCAGUUUUUUAGUGUGAAAGAUCCAACCCAGACCAGAAAAAGUCCACCACCAUGGCACAUUUCCUGCCGAUGAUUCUUCUCCUCACCACCCUCCUGGCUGCCCAUCACGCCAGAAUCAUCCCUCAGAGCGAGGUAAAUGUCUGGGCCACCCUUGCUACACCUACAGGCCAAGACCACAUUCGCCUCAGCAAAACCUCAGCCGCAGCCACAACUGAGGACAUCAAAGAAGCCAUCAAAAAAAUGAGGGACUUGGUGAGCGAAAUCAAAGAAGAGACAUCAGACUGGUCCAUCGACCUUUUUAAGAACUUGGGACUCUCAGGUUGGUCUGGAUCCAUUUUGAAAACCUGUUUGUUUAUAUUAUUUGUAAUUACAUUUGCUUUAGUUGUGAUAUGUUCUAUUAGAAAAAUGAUUCGUAAGUUUAUGUCUGGUGCUACAUCUCCCCCAAAGCCGGCUGUGAACCGUGUCUCCAUGGCAACUGUUCCUGAGGAAAUUGAAUUGGAAAACUUAGAAAAGUCCUGGGAGGACGAGAGCCUCUCUGAAGAGCAGUGGUCAUCUGUGCAGUCAGGGUUCAGAGACAGCUUUUCUGAGUCUGAACAGCAGCCUCCUCCAUGCCAGGCUUGGCAUCUCCAAUUUCAUUUCGUGGAAGCUUGUCUGCCCAGUUUUUUGCACCGUGUACUGACCUGCACUACAGCAACCCUUGGUGCCUGUGUUUGCAGAGGCAGCACGACCCAGGCAAAGGAGAAGACCCAAUACCCUGAGUGUGACCAGGUUCAGGUAUCGCUGGGAGCAAUCUCCACAUUCGUCAAAAGAACAAGAUGCAAAGAUGGCAAAGCAGAACCCAGGAACUGAUGUAAACUGCUCUCGGUUGGGAGCCUCAACUGGGACUUUAAUGCAAAAGCACCAGGUAAAGAGAAGAUCAGUUGCUAAAUUUGCCAGAAUAAAUGUAAGAGGCACAAAGCUGCUGCCAAGUCGCGCUCUUUGCAGGCUGGGUAAGCUGGCAGGAGGCCUGAGGAAAGGUCUGAGUAAACAAGA